UCGACUGCUAACCCUCCCACCCAGCAUAGCAGCCCGUAAGUGCACAAUCACUUCAAAGUAUAUACACCUGCCCUUCCCGCCUCAAACUUCUAUUCAUGUAAUUUCCACAAAAUACAUCUCAAAACCGAACUCCAUUAUACCUAACGGGAUGGCUCGCUUAUUUCAGGCCACGAUCCCUGUUCUGCUAGCGCUGUACAGCCUGCCGUUUGCUAUGGCCGAUUACCCGUACAAAACCAUGUACUUCGAUCAGACCAUCGACCAUUUCAACUUCAAAAGCCACGGCAACCAGACUUUCAAACAACGAUAUUUGAUCACAGAGGACUACUGGAAAGGUGGCUCAUACCCAAUUUUCGUUUACACGGGUAACGAGGCUGACAUCACACUGUUCCUGCAAAACACCGGGUUUCUCUAUGACAUAGCGCCCCAGUUUGGCGCGCUGGUCAUUUUCGCCGAGCACCGUUACUACGGGGAAUCGCUUCCCUUCGGUAACCAGUCCUACACGGCAGGGAACGUGGGUCUACUGGCCAUCGAGCAGGUCCUUGCCGAUUACGCCACGCUCAUCCAAGGCGUCAAGAAACAGCUCAAGGCAGACAACGCUCCCGUCGUUGCAUUUGGAGGAAGCUAUGGUGGCAUGCUGAGUGCUUACCUCCGAUUUAAGUAUCCCAACGUGGUAGUAGGAGCAAUAUCGUCGGGUGGACCGAUAAUCUCUGCCGCCGGCAUCGGAUCACAGACUUACUACUUCGAAGAUGUGACCAAAAUCUUCAACUCAGUAGAGGCUUCACCGAGAUGCGUCCCGACGAUAAAGCAAGGAUUCGCCAAGAUUUCUGAGCUAGCCAUGCAGGGUCGAGCAGGUUUGGAUCAGAUCAGCAAUGCCUUCCGGCUGUGCAAUCCGCUGCAAACCCAGAGCCAAGUGCACCAUCUGCUGCUAUGGAUCCGUAACUCACUUGCCACGCUGACCACAGUCAACUAUCCCUACCCUGCCGCCUUCGAGGGAAAUCUGCCCGCCUGGCCUGUCAACGUAUCAUGUGCAAUGAUUACAAAUUCCAGUGACCCCCUGCAAGGGCUUGCUGAUGGAUCAAUUCUUUUCUACAAUGGUACGCACGGCUCGCUGAAGUGCAUCGAUAUAUACGGGGAGUUGAUGGAGUGUUCGGACGCCACGGGGUGCGGUUCCCAAGGUUGGGAUUACCAGGUUUGUACAGAGGUAACCCGCCCGGCAGGCACCAAUGGCGUAACGGACAUGUUUCCAAGUUUGCCUUUCACGGAAAAAAUGCGAGAGAGGACUAUUGUCUGAAGAAAUGGAACGUUGUGCCCAAACCCACCUGGCUUAAUGUUCAGAUGUUUG